UCUCCUCUGAUCACCACCUGCUUGCUUGUUUAGCAUCGAUCUCACACAUCCAAAUGGAGCACCGAGGAAAGCCCAUGAAAAUGAAAGUCAAGUUUGUCGACGAUGAGGUCGUCAAGCCCUCAGACGCCAUGUCUCUGCCUCUUUACAUAACCAACGCUGUGUUUUUCACCCUCUUCUUCUCCGUUGUCUACUUCUUGCUCACCAGCUGGCGUGAGAAGAUCCGUACCAACACCCCUCUUCACAUGAUUGAUCUCUCUGAGGUUGUUGCCAUCCUUGCUCUUGUAGCCUCUUUCAUCUACCUCCUCGGCUUCUUCGGCUUCGAUUUUGUUCAGUCUCUCUUUCUCCAGCCCAGUAAUGACAUCUGGGCUGCCGAUGAUGACGAAGAUGAGAUUAUGCUCAAGGAGGAUGCUCGCAAAGUCCCUUGCGGCCAGGCCCUUGAUUGUUCAAUUCCCAAGAUUGCUCCAAUUGCUUCACCUAAGGCUGCCCCUAAAGUGUUUGAAGAGAAGGCAAUGAUCGAGACCCCACCACCAACUGAAGAGGACGAAGAGAUCAUCAAGGCUGUGGUGGCUGGAACCAUUCCCUCAUACUCACUGGAAUCAAAGCUCCGUGAUUGCAAGAGGGCAGCUUCUAUUAGGCGCGAGGCUUUACAGAGAGUUACAGGCAAGUCUCUUGAGGGUUUACCUUUGGAGGGCUUUGAUUAUGAAUCCAUUUUGGGUCAAUGCUGUGAGAUGCCAGUUGGGUAUAUCACCAUUCCUGUUGGGAUUGCUGGGCCUCUUAUGCUUGAUGGAAGAGAGUUCUCAGUUCCCAUGGCCACAACUGAGGGUUGCUUGGUGGCUAGUACCAACCGUGGCUGCAAAGCUAUUAACUUGUCUGGUGGUGCUUCCAGUGUGCUGUUGAAGGAUGGAAUGACCAGAGCACCUGUUGUAAGAUUCAACUCGGCUAAGAGAGCAGCUGAGUUGAAGUUUUUCAUGGAAGACCCUGCCAAUUACGAAACCAUUUCCAUGGUUUUCAAUAAAUCAAGCAGAUUUGGUAGACUUCAGACUGUCAAGUGUGCUGUUGCGGGGAAGAACCUUUACAUGAGAUUCACCUGCAGCACAGGUGAUGCUAUGGGGAUGAACAUGGUCUCUAAAGGUGUUCAAAACGUUCUCGAUUUCCUCCAGAAUGACUUCCCUGACAUGGAUGUCAUUGGUAUUUCUGGUAACUACUGCUCAGACAAGAAGCCUGCUGCUGUCAACUGGAUCGAAGGCCGUGGAAAGUCAGUAGUCUGUGAGGCCGUGAUCAAGGGAGACAUAGUGACAAAGGUGUUGAAAACCAAAGUGGCGGCCUUGGUGGAGCUUAACAUGCUCAAGAACCUCACUGGUUCCGCUAUUGCUGGUGCUCUUGGCGGUUUCAAUGCGCAUGCAAGCAACAUUGUUUCAGCAGUCUACCUUGCCACUGGUCAAGACCCUGCUCAGAACAUCGAGAGUUCUCACUGUCUCACCAUGAUGGAAGCCAUCAAUGAUGGCAAUGAUCUUCAUGUCUCAGUAACCAUGCCUUCUAUUGAGGUCGGCACAGUAGGAGGAGGUACCCAACUUGCAUCGCAGUCCGCUUGCCUGAACUUGCUUGGAGUGAAGGGUGCCAACAGAGAGGCACCAGGAUCAAACGCAAGGCAAUUGGCCACUGUAGUAGCUGGUUCAGUUCUUGCUGGAGAGCUUUCUCUCAUGUCUGCUAUUGCUGCUGGACAACUUGUUAAGAGCCACAUGAAGUACAACAGAUCUAGUAAAGAUGUGACAACUGUUUCUUCCGCAUAAGAGCUUCAGGACGCCGAGGUUUAGAUGCCUUGAGAGUAGAUGAUUUCAAGGCAAAGCUUCCUUUUAGGUCCCUGGAUUCUUUAAUGUCUUUUUCUUUGUAAAUUUUCUGCAAGAUCUAUGUGUUGUGAUUUCUUUCAAGCACAGCAGUUUGCAAGCCUUUUGUGGAAUGUACAUCGCUAUCCAUGAUUUCUCACUUUC